UUGGACGUAAAACAGUAAUAUGUCUAGAUAUGUGGUUUUGUUGGAAAAUUAUAAAUGGAAAUAAAGAAGAUAUUGAAAAAAUUGGGAGGGGGUUAAAUGCUAAAUUUGAUGAUCAUAUGUCUGAAUAUUAUGUGGAUGGUUAUUGCGAUGAUAAUAAAAGUGUGAGGAAAGAAUUGGGGUUAUAUUUUAAGGAAGGAAAUAUUACUUUAAAUUUUGAUGGAAAUGAUUUGGCUGAAUAUGAUGUAAGUAUUUAUGGGUUAAUAUUUUUAAAAUUAGGUAAUUUUAUGUAA